UUGCCUGACAACAAACAUGGCGGAUUCGCAUGAAAAAGAAAGCAAAGAAGAACAAUCCAAAAAACACGGAAAACCUCACAAUGAACGUCUAGAAAAUACAGAAAGAGACUUACAAAUAAUCUUUAAGAAACUUAGAGUUGAUAACGAGCCGAAAAGACUCAAAUCAAAACAAAACUUCAGAAAUACCAAAAGCAAAGAAAAAAUUGUCAGGAGUAAAGGAAUAGGAAGUAAUAGAAAAAUUAUAAAAGAUGCAACAUUUACCUACAAAAGUUGUCACCCAAGAAGAACAAAAACAGAUGAGGAACCAGAUACAUUAUCAUGGACGUUAUCAAAAAGCAUAAGUGACAAAGAACUGAAAUCUGCUGAUAAAAUAAUUUCACUGACACUUGAUGGCAAAGCCAGUAAAUCACCAAAUCAGGAUCACAAAUGUGCUUCAGAGUCAAAGGAACUUUCAGAAAGUUGUAGUGAACAAUUUCGACGGGCGCAAUGUUCUAGUAUGCCUCAUGGUGGUAUGAACUUUGACGACACAACACCAGAGGAACUAGCUGCUUAUUUUGAUCAAUUGCUUCAUAUUCCAAAGCCAAUGUCUGCCAUGGCAGAAAUGAUGUAUACAUAGGUUUGAUUUUUGUAUCAGGUCUCUCAGUCAGGAUUGUGAAAUUCUAAGCUCAUGGCUAUGCAUUUUUGUCAACGUUGCUUCUCAAUAGGAAACCCUCAAUAGCAUGUGCAGAAUUGUUGUCAUGUUUUGGUGGAAGUCAAUUUAAAGGUGUUUCCAUGGUAUUUCAUAGACAUUGCCCUUGAAUGUUUGUGCUUUCUGACAUUAUCAUGGGAACACUUGAUUGAUGCCCACCAAUCCCCACUUUUGUCUUAAUAGCAAAUCUUAAGACUUUGUCCAUGUGAUUAGCAAGCACUGUAUAUAAUUGGAUCUGGAUUUUGCCGUCUACUUAAAAGUCAAGCUUUUUUGAGAAGUCAAGCUUUUUUGUUCUCAUGCUGUUUCAGUCCUCAUUGUUUUAUUAGUCAGAUCACAAAUUCUUGCAUUUUGUUAGGGUACUUUGUUUCUUGCUAAAGAAGGACAGCCUUCAAAAAAAAAGAAUUUAUUGGAAAUGCUGAGAUAGAAAGCUGCUUGACUAUUGAUGUAUCAUGAGAAUAUUGGUCUUAUCAUCAUUGUAAUAGUAGUAUGGCUUGUAUAGGUUUUGCACCAUCAAGUGUUGGCACCCAUAAUAAAGCUUGGGCUGCCUGUGGUUAGAUGGCAGAACAAUAAAAUCGCUUUCCAUCUAACACAGCUGCCAUCACGGGAUGGUGCAAAACCUCUAUUGGAAUAUGAUUUCCACAAACAUACAAAUUCAUGAGUAGGUUAAGAAAUCUUGAAAAAAAAUUUGUGAUCAAAAAGGCACACCUUUUGUAGUUUUGUUAACAUGAUUUCAUUUUAGUGGCAUCUUUUGUAAAAAGAGCAAUAAAAUUUUGAUAUCAAAAUAUAUAGAAAGAAAAAAUCAGUUGUAAGGUCAAAGUACAUUAAUAUUAAGAAAGUAUAAAUUAUGUAGAAAGCUAUUGCUGUGGGUUUUUUUUUUUUUUUUGCAGUGGGUUAUCAAUGUACGGAAAGCAGAAGAUUGCUUGAUUAGUUGGGUUUGUUUAUGUUUUUGACAUUGUCUGCAGUUGUAAGAUGGCAAAUGCAUAAGGAUAGAACAAUAAUUAUAAAACAGAUAAAAUACUACAUGCUUUUGGUUAACAUUUUUGUCAUUGAAUUACAAAGUAGGAGAGUACAUUAAAUCUAAUCCCUAAAAGUCCCCCUAGCCAGAGUCUAAUGUUUGAGUAUAUUCAACACACUCUGAACUCACUACCAAAACAUA